ACUCCUUUGGCCAGUCACGGGGCCAAAACCAGUGUUUGGAGCCACAGUGUGGCGGUGGAGGCAGCAGCAAUGGGAGGCCAUACAGCAACCUAUGACAAAAUGGAAACCAGCAGGAGCGUGAGGAGACCUGAAAGUGGCACAUGGCAGAGUGGGAGCAAUGGGAGGCGGUACAGGGACCCAGGUCACACUGUGGGCCCAGCAGCAGCGUGACCAGGCGGUACGGGGGCCCAUGGCCGAUAUGGGGCUUGGUGGCACCUAUGGAAGGCCUGUAAUCUGCCAGCAACCUAUGACAAAAUGGACAACCGCAGGAGUGUGAGGAGAUUUCAAAGUGGCACAUGGCAGAGUGGAAGCAAUGGGAGGCCGUACAGGGACCCAGGUCACACUGUGGGACCAGCA